UGUCUGUGAAUUUCUAUUAUUUUAAGCGUGUGAACGGGACUUUUAUUUUGGUGUGGUGACGUGACGUCAUAAGUCUGCGCCGCACUCCUGCAUCUGUGAUUCUGCUGAAGAAAGAGAAGCUCCUGCUGAAGAGACUGAGACACACACUGUUAUAAAGAUGGAGUUUAUUAAAGAGGAGAGAGAAGACGUGAAGAUCGAAGACACAUUCAGAGUCAAACAUGAAGAUACUCAGAAACACACAGAGAUGGCGUCAGUUAAAGAGGAGAGAGAAGAUGUGAAGAUUAAAGAAGUAUUCAGUCUGAAACAAGAAGAGUCUGAGGAACAAACAGACCUGAUGCCACUGAAAGAGGAGAGUCAUGAACUGAAUGAAAUGGAAGAGAAAGAUCAGAUUGAGAAAUACCAUGAUUUCAUGUCUGGGGAAAAAUAUUUUAGUUACUCACAGACUCAUAAAACAGAAACUAGGAACCUUAAAGUCCAGAGGAGAGUUCACACAGGAGAGAAGCCUUUCACCUGUCAACAGUGUGGAAAAAGUUUCAUUCGAAAAGACAGCCUUUAA